AUGGCUCCUGCUCCCAUUGAUCCCCGCAUCGUAGAUGUUGCGCCCCCGCGAAAAGACAGUCUCGGUCUUCCAGGACCAACAAGAGAGCGCCUGGAGAAGGCUGGGAUCGAUCUCAGCUCUGGAUAUCCUUAUCGACCAUCACGCCCGCUUUAUAUCGACGAUGUGUAUAAUAUUCGGAAUUUUGACCGCUCGCAUGUAGACCCCGGCACUCGAGCAGAUCCAGAGAAAAAAGCCCUGCUAUCCGCUGCUAAAGAAGUUUUUGAUUUAACACGGCAUAUUGGGACCGAGAUCGUUGGCUUGCAGCUGAAAGACUUGACAGAUCAGCAAAAGGAUGAACUGGGUCUGUUGAUUGCCGAACGCAGUGUGGUCUUUUUCCGAGAUCAAGACAUCUCCCCACAGCAGCAGAAGGAAUUAGGGAAAUGGUUCGGGGAAAUCGAAAUUCAUCCUCAAGUCCCGCAGGUUCCUGGAGUCGCCGGGGUUUCUGUGAUUUGGCCCGAGCUCCAAGCCACAGAGAACCCGGCCAGCUUUCGUCGACCCGGGGGAUCUUCUCGAUGGCAUACCGAUCUUGUCCACGAAAGGCAGCCGGCUGGAGUGACCCACCUCCAUAAUGAUACGAACCCCGAAGCCGGUCCCAAGUAUGUGGAGCGUGAGCAUCCGAUUGUUCGGGUUCAUCCUGCCACAGGGUGGAAAGCACUCUGGGUCAACCGAGCCAUGACCUCCCGAAUUGUUGGGUUAGAUAAGGCUGAGAGUGAUGUGAUUCUGGGGUAUCUAUUUGAUGUGUAUGAGAAGAACCCGGACAUCCAAGUUCGAUUCAAGUGGAGUCCACGGACUAGUGCGCUAUGGGACAACCGAAUUACGAUCCAUAAUGCAAGCUGGGACUAUGAGGGCUCGCAGCCAAGACAUGGGACUCGGGUGACUUCACUCGCGGAGAAACCAGUAUUUGACCCGAAUGCAUCGACAAGACGGGAAAAACUGGGUCUACUGGGGCAGGAAGAGAUUCAGGAGCUUAUCUCGGUGAAGGAGCUCGGAUUGAAGUGA